AUGUCGAUUUCGUGUGCCAAUUGCGCAUCUGUUGCGCCCGCUGGUAGUCCUUAUCAGCGCUGUGCCGGCUGCAAGCGGGCAUCCUACUGUUCAAAAGAUUGCCAGAAAACGCACUGGAAACAGCACAAAGCAUUCUGCAAACAACAACAGCAACAAAACCAGCAACAAACCUCCGCCCCUCCCGAUACGACUGGGGACAGGACGGAGUUCAGUGAAAACUUGAGGGGUUUGCUCAAGGACCCUAAGGUGUUCAUUGACGACGAAGAAGAUAACGACGUUGAUGACGACGAAGAUUACAACAUUGACAGCAGUAACUACGACGAUGAUGACGAUGACUUCGACGAUGAAGCCCCCAGACCACUUGCUUUCUUGCGCACCCGACCAUUCCCGGACCCAGAUCUCUCUAUUGAUGGCUUCCCUGUCGCUAUAGUAGACACAGAAGCCUACGUUGAAGAAACCAUAAAGAAAGAUCUCACUGCUGCCAUUGCCACAGCUACAAUUCUCUGGAACUGGCACCCGAACGCUCUCCGCGCCUUUCUAGACUGUCAAAAAUACUCGGCCUUCGAGUUUGCUACGUGGGACAGAGCCCCUGGAGCUGAGAGAUACGUCACGCAUAUGAUCAGUCGCCAUGACCGGGCCAUCCUCAUCGGGCACUAUGAUCAAGACAUCGACUGGGGCUUUAAAAUACCUGAGAAGGGCCGCUGGGAGCCAACCUAUGCAUCAAACGGCUCCGUUGAAGGUGAAGAGCCAUCAUGGGUGCAUAGUAUGAGUGGCAUAUGGGCAAGAUGUCAGAUGAAAAAUGCUCGAUGGAAGCCUGCAUGGAACCGCUUUAUCACAAUGCGAUUGGAUAAUGUCGAGGUAGAUCCUGCUACACUGUACUGA